CCCUGGAGGCGCGCGUGACACUGGCCGCGGAGGGUACUCUCUUCAAAGCCGCAGUCCCCAAGGAUGACCUCUGGGGUUGUGAGGUGGUUUCCUAGGAAUGCGCGUUCCCUGGCAACAUCAUCAAAGAACCGGAGACCUGAAGAUUGUCGUUGGCACCAUGAGGCCUAUGGUUAUUUCUUGCCCAUCCAGACGAGGUGGCAGGACAAUGACCAGUACGGCCACGUGAACAAUGCAGUGUACUACAGCUACUUUGACACUGUUAUCAACCACUAUCUCAUCAGGUACUGUGGCCUGAACACCCGCUUGCUGACAUCCUCUACGGUGGGGUUCAUGGUGAGCAAUCAGUGUACCUACCACACACCCAUCAGCUUCCCUCAGAUCCCAGUGGCUGCCUUGGCUGUGGAGAAAGUGGGGCGCUCCAGCGUGCACUACCGACUUGCUCUGUUCCCACCUAAGCCCACCAAGGAGCUGCCCUCCAUAGAUCACCAUGACCUCAGCGAUGGCUUUUUCAUUGGCCAUCCCAAGUUAGCACAGUUUAACGCUUUGGCCUGUGCCACUGGGUCUUCAGUUCAUGUCUUUGUGAAUCCAGCCACGAGCAAGCCAAUGGACCUUCCAGAAGACUUCAGGGGUGGCCUCCUAAAGCUGAUGAGCCCAGAUUCAGUGUGAAUCCUAUUGUACAUGGAAUUAUGCGUGUCAUAAAAUAAA